CCAUUAUCGAUGAGCUUUUCUUUUAUUUUCCCCUCCUUUGUUUACUUUCUUCGAAUCGAGGAAGUCGAUAUUUUGAUUGUUUGAUUGUUUGACAUUAUUGGAAACAUUCAAAUAUUCAAAUAAUUAGUUCAAUAUGGCACCUGAAUCUAAAAUUCUGGAAUUAAAAGUUCGUCCAUAUCAAGCACAAUCUCAAGAAAGACCGGAUUUCAAAAACGUAGCACGCGUAUAUGUUUGCACAGAUGUUCUCUUAGAUCUUCAAGUCAGAAAUGGGGAAACAUGCUAUCUAUGGAAGAGCUCUGAAGGGGAACAUACAAGACGAGAAGCUGUGAUUUGGUUGGCCGCGGAAAAGUUAAGUAGGAAAGUGGUCCAAGUCAGUAAGGCUUUCCAAGAGGCAUGUGGGUUCAAAUUGAGUGAUGAUGUGAUCAUUGCUAGAGCAGGAAAGCUAGAGGUUGCAAAGGAUAUUCUAAUUAAGGAUAUCGGUAUGGUUGAAGGGGUUAUGCGAGAGUUGAGUGGGGAUGUUAGAAUUGGUUGGCGGUGUAUUUUGGAGGAUCUUUUUGGUAGGAUUUUCUUCUUUUGUUUCCUCUCUUUGAUUUUUCCACUAUCAAAAGGUCAAGAGUUGUUGUUUUCAUGUUUUUACCGCGAGUUCAGUGCAGAGCUGACGACGAGAUUGUAGCUCGUGCUGAGUUGAUUUACCCUGGCAUGACAUUUAGAGAUGUGAUGUACAGAAGAGAAAAGCGGACUUUUGAAGUUUUCUCCAUAGAUGGAUCGAAAUCUGGUGUUGCUAGCUUUUUUGAUGAUGGUUCAUCUUCUGUUAAGAUUGCAACAAUUGCGGAAAUCAGUGGAGCCGUAUUGGCUGCAAGCAAUGUUGAGCAAAAACCUCUUCAAGUUGUUGACAUUGCUGGCAUCGACCAAGCUCUUGGAAAACUGAACAAAUUUCUGAGUAAUUUCAACCGUCAAUUUUAUUUCACCAAAGUUCGUAGGUCACCUGCUGUUCUUCUACAUGGUGGGAGGGGAACGGGGAAAACCUUUGUCUUGGACAAACUCGCCUGUACAGAAUGGGGCAAAGUUCGCAAAAUCGAUCGUAAAACCAAACCUUCGGAAGUCCAGAAGAUUUUCAAGGAUUCAAAGAUUAACCAGCCAAGUAUUAUAAUCAUAGAUGAUCUUGAAUCUGUGGUUACGAAGGGUGGUGAACCACUGUUAGAUAUGACAGAGGCUAUUUGUGAGGGGUUUGAAGACCUUGCUAAGGAUGAACCUCCAAACUCUUUACCACAAGUCGUCGUGGCGGCGGCAACAUCUGAUAUGCUUAAAAUACCUGCUGCAUUACGAAAGCGAGGUAGGUUCACUACAGCUAUUUCUCUACCAGUUCCAGAUGCAGCCGCCAGGAAAGCUAUCCUCAAGUCUCUAAAUCCUCAAAUGUGCCCUGAAACCCGGGAUGAGAUUCUUCAUGAUCUUGGAGAACGAACACAUGCAUAUACACCAGAAGAUCUCGCCCUUCUGUUAGAUGAAGCACACAUUUUUGCGGAAGAUAAGUUAGAUGUGGAGAACUUGCCCGAGCAGAAAUUCAUCGUUAAAGAGGAUAUCGAGCAUGCACUCCUAGAGGUAAGGCCAAGUGCAAUGCAUGAUAUUACUUUGCGACCACCCAAGGUUAAAUGGAGUGAUAUUGGAGGACAAGAUAAAGUUAAAGAGGCUAUUCAGCUUGCGAUCGAGACACCUUUUCAUGUAAGUUCUUUUCUAUUUGAUUGUUUUACAUUUUUAAUCCAAAGUACCAACAAUAUUCCAGUACCAAGAGAUCAUGCAAGAUUUUGGCCGUUCCCCAACAAAAGGUCUUCUUCUCUAUGGACCUCCUGGAUGUUCCAAAACACUCACCGCCCAAGCUGUUGCCACUGAAAUGGGCUUCAACUUCUUUGCUGUCAAAGGUGCCGAACUUCUCUCCAAAUAUGUUGGUGACUCCGAACGAGCUGUCCGAAAUAUUUUUUCCCGUGCACGCGCCGCAGCUCCAAGUAUUAUUUUCUUUGAUGAAAUUGAAUCCAUUGGUGGAAAGAGAGAUGGUAAAAAUUCGAAUAAUGGAGUCAACGUUCUUACUACUCUACUCAAUGAAAUGGAUGGAAUUGAGAGUUUAAAGGGUGUUACCGUACUUGCGGCAACCAAUAAACCCCAGGAUCUUGACUUAGCACUUCUUCGACCUGGCCGAUUUGAUGAACUUAUCUAUGUUGCACCACCGGACCUUGCUGGUCGGGAAGCCAUCAUUCGUGCUAGACAACGCGAAUCUACUAUGGCAAAAGACGUUGAUAUAGCCGAACUUGCUCGUCUAACAGAGGGGUACUCUGGAGCUGAAAUGGUGAGUAUUUGUCAAAAAGCCUUUGAUGCGGCUAUUGAAAGACGUAAAAAGAAUGGGACAAUGGAACCAGCAGUUAUGAACGACUUUUUGACGGCAAUGCCGAAGAUUAAGAGACAGAUAACUCCGGAUAUGUUGAAGGAGUUUGAAAAAUGGGCUAAGGGAGAAUAGUCCAGAAUUGCUAUUUGGAAUGUACAGUACAAUAAAACACACAUGUAGAGCUUACCAUUGGAACAUUAUGAUUUUUCGAGCCAUAGUCGGCGAUGGGCAUUGAUCUCUAUUGAGAAGUUUCAUCUUGGAUUUUUUUUACUACAAUCUUGAGGGUAAGAUUACAAUCCGGGAUGCAUCACAGGGAAUUUCUGAACUUCUGGUGGAAUUUAUUUUUGAGCUGGGCUUGAGGUGAUGAUUCGAUAAAAAUGUUUAAAAUUUGUUAGGAUGAGUUGAUGAGUUGAUGAGGAUUUGAGGUUUGGGACUUGGUUUGAGGAUUUAGUUGUAUUGGAUUGGAUUGGAUAGGAUUCGAAUUGAUCUGUACGUGCAGGGAGCGAGAUGGUGUGAUGGUGGUUUGUUUGAUGGUUUGAUAUGCGGGUAUCGGGUAGGUUUGUGACAUGUUGGGGAGAGAUCCGGUGGGUUUGGUGUUACAUACUGUUAAUUAAGUGAUUAUUGUUACACCGUGUAACAUGUUUUAUGUACGAGGAGGUUUUGAGAGUUUGAGAGUUUUAGCUAGA